AUGUCUGGCUGAGCAUUUUGACAUUUCAGUGAAAAAACACUUUUCAAAAGCUGAAAUUAAGAACAUUGUUGUUCAAAAGCUGGUUGAGAUUAAAGUCCUAGGGGACCCAAGCAAAAUGGAUGUAGAUGUUUGUGAUGUUCCUUCUGUUGAUUUAGGACGCCCUCCUUCAAAAGAUGAAGGAGUUGCUGUACUGGCAACGCCACCAAGGGGGUUGGCAGAGCCCCAGGCGCCCCCUGCGACUUUACCACGGUUCGAUCCAGUGUCACCAGAGCUCAGUGGCUCCGGUGGUAAUGUCAGACUCAAGGUUCGGCUGGCUCGCCUACAGCUGGAGGCACAGGAGAGGGAGUUGGUAAGAAAAGCUGAGUUUGAUUUCAAACUUGAAAUGCGCAAGUUGGAAAUUGAAGCUGAAAAAGAGAUUAAGCUGAAACAGCUAGAGGUGGAAGCUAUGAGACUUUCACGUGGCACCUCGCCUCCUCGUUCAUCUGUGUACUCUGAUUCUCCACAGGUGGUGUCGGACAAACACAAGUUUGAUGUCAGCAAGAAUAUUGCUUUGGUGCCUGUGUUUAGGGAGUCAGAAGUGGACUCUUACUUCAGUGCAUUUGAGAGGAUUGCUGUGGCACUGGAGUGGCCAAAGGAGAUGUGGGCUGUUCUAAUGCAGUGCAAGCUCAUAGGUAAAGCACAGGAAGUUGUGUCAUCAUUGUCAACAGAGGAGGGCAUGAAGUAUGAGGUACUGAAAAAGUCAAUCUUGCGUGCUUAUGAACUUGUACCUGAAGCUUACAGGCAAAAAUUCAGGAACCAUAAGAGGUCUAGUGGCCAGACCUAUGUGGAGUUUGCACGUGAGAAGGGACUACUUUUUGAUAAAUGGUGUGCUGCAAGUGAGGUUAAAGGUGACUUUGAAUCCCUUCGCCAACUAAUUCUGUUGGAGGACUUUAAGAACACAUUGCCUGAGAGACUGGUGGUUUUCCUGAAUGAGCAAAAGGUGGCCUCUUUAUCUAAAGCAGCCAUUGUUGCUGAUGAGUUUAUGUUGACCCACAAGAAUGUAUUUGUGUCUGUACCUCGUGCAGAUAAAGUUUUGAACAUUCGUCAACAAAAACCUGACCCCACUCAGUCAGAAGCUAAGGCUAAGCAGCAAUCUCUUUCUCCACGUGAGGUAAGGGAGUGUUUUUACUGUCAUAAAAAAGGCCAUGUCAUUGCUGACUGCCUUUCAUUAAAGAGCAAGGCUUUAACAACACAGACAAAAGGUGUUGGGUUGCUUAAAAAUGUGUCACACUCCAGCAACCAAACUACUAAAAAUGAGAAUGAACUAGAUCCCUGUUUCAUACCUUUUGUUACCCAGGGUCUUGUUUCUUUAACAGGGGAUCCUAAGGAUGGCCGACAAGUCAAAAUCCUGAGGGACACGGGUGGUUCCCAGACGAUCAUUCGGGAGGGUAUUUUGUCUUUGCCUGUCAUGUCAUCUUGUCAGUCCAGAGUAGUUGUUCAAGGUAUUGGAAUGACCUUUGUAUCUGCACCACUGCAUAAUAUCCACCUUGACUCAUCUCUUGUGAGUGGUUUUUGCAGGGUUGCUGUUCUUCCCACCUUGCCCAUAAAGGGGAUUGAUCUCAUUCUAGGGAAUGACUUGGCAGGUGGAAAGGUAUUGCCUGUGCCUGAGGUGUUGGACACACCUGACACAAGUGUGGUCUUUGAACCAAUGCCUAAUAUUUUCCCUGCUUGUGUGGUUACGCGGGCCCAGUCAAAGAAAUACAAUCUUGAUUUGUCUGAUUCUUUUCUUGCUACAGAGCAGACUCAAUCAGCCGGAUCGGAGACUGAACUCAACAAAUCUAAAAAUGUAUUUCCUCUUCCAGGACCAGAGAUGAUGAAAUUACCAGCCUCCAGGGAGGAAUUCAUUGCUGCUCAAAAACAGGACAAGACUCUGUUGAAAUGUCAUUCUUCUGUUCUUACCCAGGAGGAAGCCCAGGGGAAGAAGGUGGCAUAUAUGGUUGAUGAUGGUCUCUUGUUGCGACGCUGGGCUGGUGAAAACUUGGAAGACUGGAGUACCGUUUAUCAGGUGGUUGUGCCAACAAGGUAUCGCAUGCAGGUGCUAGCAUUAGCACACGAUCACCCACUGUCGGGGCAUCUGGGUAUAAAUAAAAUGUAUAACAAAGUUCUCAAACACUUCUUUUGGCCAGGUCUCAAAUCUGAUGUUUCACUUUAUUGUCGUACUUGCCAUGUCUGCCAAGUUGCAGGCAAGCCAAACCAGGUUAUACCUCCUGCUCCUUUGUCCCCAAUUCCAGUUGUGGGUGAACCAUUUGGAAGGGUGAUUGUAGAUUGUGUGGGGCCUUUGCCAAAGUCUAGAAGUGGAAACCAGUUCAUUUUGACUAUAAUGUGUGCUUCCACCAGGUUUCCUGAAGCCGUGCCCCUGCGGAGGAUCACAGCUCCCAUGAUUACCAAAGCUCUGGUAAAGUUUUUCUCAGUGUUUGGUCUUCCCAAAGUUGUCCAAACAGACCAGGGCACAAACUUUAUGUCUAGAACCUUUGCCCAGGCACUAAAACAGUUGGGUGUAGAGCAUGUCACCUCAAGCUCUUACCACCCUGAAAGCCAAGGUGCACUUGAAAGGUUUCACCAGACAUUAAAAGCGAUGCUGAGAAAAUACUGUAUGGAUACAGAGAAGGACUGGGAUGAAAGUAUCCCAUUUCUAUUGUUUGCUGUGCGUGGAACAGUGCAGGACACUUUAGGUUGUAGUCCUGCUGGACUUGUGUUUGGACAUGAGGUUAGGGGACCUUUAAAUGUCCUUAAAGACCAACUAAUCUCUUCCUCUCACUCUGUAAAAAGUAUUCCAGAGUAUGUUUCAAAGAUGAGAGAGCGCCUUCAGACAGCUUGUGCACUUGCGCAGAAAGCCUUGGCUUCAAAGCAGGUCAAAAUGAAACGACAUUAUGACCAGAAAGCAGUCACUCGUGAGUUUAACCCUGGUGAUAAGGUUUUGAUUUUGCUGCCCAUCCCUGGCUCUUCUUUAGAAACGAAGUUCUCUGGGCCAUAUGUGGUAGAAAAGAAACUUAGUGAAACAAACUACAUUGUUCAAACUCCUGAUCGCCGCCGCAAGACCAGGCUUUGUCAUGUCAAUAUGAUAAAACUGUAUCAUUCAAGAAAGACCGACCAACCAACCCAGAAUCGGGUUAAACCCAUUUCCCCUGUAACCUGUGUGUCAAAGUCAGCUGAGGAGGAUAUGGUAACACGCAAAGAUCCUCCACAAGUUGCAAGGCUUAGUAAUAGUGAAAUACUGGCUAACCUGCCUGACUAUUUGUCACAUUUAUCAGGUGACCAAGUGGAGGACAUCACAAAACUCAUAUCAGACUUCCAAUGUCUGUUUGGGGAUGUUCCUACCAAGACUAAUGUGGUGUCUCAUGACAUUGUUCUCUCCAAUCCUGCACCUAUAAAGCAGAGAGCAUACCGUGUCAAUGCCACAAAGAGGGAGCUCAUGAAAAAGGAAGUGGAGUACCUUGUUAAAAAUGGACUUGCCAUUCAGAGUUGCAGCCCAUGGAGUUCUCCAUGUCUAUUAGACAUGAAGACUGAUGGAAGUCCAAGGUUCUGCACAGACUUUCGCAAGGUGAAUGCUGUCACAGUCCUUGAUGCACACCCGUUACCCCUCAUUGAAGACUGUAUUGAUGAAAUCGGAUCAGCAAAAUUUGUCACUAAACUUGACAUGCUAAAAGGGUAUUGGCAAGUACCUCUAACCCAACAGGCCUCUGAUAUCUCAGCUUUUGUUACACCAGACUGUUUUCUUCAGUACACAGUGAUGCCUUUUGGGCUCUGUAAUGCACCAGCUACAUUUCAAAGGCUUGUAAAUAGAGUACUGGGAGAUGUGUCAAACUGCCGGGUAUAUCUAGAUGACAUUGUGGUAUAUUCAAGUGACUGGUCUACCCAUCUUUCUGUUUUGCUUGAGGUCUUCAAACGUCUUUCAGCUGCAUCACUGACGCUCAAUCUUUCUAAGUGCGAGUUUGGAAAAGGAGGGAGCUCCGUCGAUUCCUGGGGAUGGCAGGAUUUUACCGUCGCUUUUGUAAAAACUUUUCUACGUCUGCCAUUUAAACUGGACAUAGAUGCCAGUGCUGUUGGGGUAGGAGCUGUCCUUCUGCAGGAUGAUAAAGACGGAAUAGAGCAUCCCGUAAGCUACUUCUCAAGGAAGUUUAAUCUUCAUCAAGGUAGAUAUUCUACCAUUGAGAAGGAAGCGCUUGCACUACUCUUGGCCUUACAGCAUUUUGAAGCUUACCUUGGCUUGAGUGUGGAACCAAUCACUGUCUUCACAGACCAUAACCCACUUGUCUUUCUUUCCAGGAUGUACAAUCAAAAUCAAAGACUUAUGCGGUGGGCUUUGAUCAUUCAGGAGUACAACCUGAAGAUCUGCCAUAAAAAGGGGUCUGAGAAUGUAUUGGCAGAUGCUUUGUCACAUGCUUUUUGAGCUUGGUUUCUUUUACCUGGAGUAUUCCAAACAUUUAUGUUUGGACUUAUAAGGGUGGGGGUGUUACAUGCCUGCAGGCUGUUUGUUUCUCUUUCCCCUCCCCCUUUGUCUCUUCACAGGUAUUAGGGAAAGCUGGUGUCAAUCUCCCUUGAUUGAUCCUCAUCAACCAUGGGCCAAUCAGCAUCCAGGGAGGCCUUAUUUAAGCAGCCCAGCUGGGGAGAGCGAGGAACUGGCUUUGUUACCUGACGCAUGUCUUGUUGCUCUUUGUAUGAAGGUUUGUGGUGGGAGUUAGAGGGUGAGGUAAGUUUGGGGUACCCUGUACAUUUCAUCACGUAGGUGUUUGUUCUGUUAGAUACACUAGGUAAGUAGGUGGGUGCCGCCCAUGUAAAGUUUUGGUGGAAACUUUUGUUAGAUUAGAUAGGCAGGGUUUUUGUUUUCUUUUGUUUCUCUAGCACAGACGGAAGUUAGGCCCUGUUUUGUUUUAUUAUUUUCUUUGAUUUGGCACCACCUAACCACCCCUUUCUCCCCCACAGUUUGUGUGAGCCUUCUGGGAUUUUCAUUAUCAAUAAAUCCCUCCUUUUUUACAACAUUCACUUGGAUUCUGUCAAUUUGUUGUGGCUGUCGUGUUACUGCCCUCCUCACAAAAGGGGGGGCCGUAACACUUUCAUUACAACAGUAAUAAACAUUCAUGAAGACUCCUUUAUGUUCAUGCUGUGUCAUGUCUGUCUUAUGCAAAGCCCUUCAAAUAAAGUGAUACUUAACUCUAAUUCAAACAAGCUUUUUUCAAAUAGCUUGAAAAUACAUUUCUUUCUCCGUCUUUAUCCGGUUCAUAAAAAUAUUUAAAUCAAAUCUCAGACGUUUUGUUGUUUCUGGUCUAAAAAGUAAAACUGCAAAAAAAGAUAAAACGGUUCUUUAAGCUCAGAGAAGAUUUAAUGUUCAUGUAUUCCCAGCAUUAGUAUUCAGUUCAGACGGUUUCCAAGUUGAAAUUAUUUAUAAUUGAGUGAGAGUGGAAUGUUUCCUUUAAGAAAAAGAGGCGGCUAACGGACCAGAUAGCAGCAGAAAUAUAAUCCUAGGAGAAGCACCUGCUCCUUCGUUCCUGUUUCCCUCUUGCAGAGACGUGA